AUGGCAGCGGCCGCUGAAGUCUUUGAAGUGGUUCGCAUCUACUGGCCGCUUUUGCUGGGAAACGUGCUGGAGUGGUAUGAGUUUGCAAUCUUCAGCUUUCUGGAGCCAUACUUCCAGAUCAACUUCUUCAAUGACUCUGCCAUUUCGACUUGGCUUGGAUUCGCGUGCACCUUUCUUGCGCGCCCUUUCGGUGGUUUCUUCAUUGGCGUGCUGGGCGACGUUUUUGGACGUAAGUUCUCUGCAUUUGUGUCCAUCUUCGGGAUGCUCAUCGGUACAGUGGGGCAGGGCAUGGUGCCGAGCUAUCGGCAUGGCGACUUCGCUGGCCGCGUAGGUUUGGCCCUGCUGGUGGCGUUGCGGAUUCUGCAGGGCAUUGCCACAGGUGGAGAAAUUGCCGCCGUCUCGACUUACAUCACCGAGGUGGGCUCCCACCGAGUUUUGGCGAGGUCCAUGGCUCUGCUCGGAGUUACUUGCAGCGUGGGCGUAUUUCUGGCGCAGCUGGCUGGCUACCUCAUUGUAGUCCUUUUCGGUGAAGAGGCUGCAACUAACUGGGCUUGGCGGCUGCCCUUCCUCAUUUCCAUCAUUCCCGGGCUGAUUUCGGCACGUGGCUCCGGCAGGAGCUUGGCUGAUGCAUCGUCGUUGCGAGCGGUGGUCGCGAAGCUUCAAGCUCUCUUGGCAUCCAAUCCUGCCUCUCUAGCCGUUGGAACCCUGUCUGUUGCUGGCUCAGCCAUGCUGUCCUAUGGUGGCUAUGCCUGGGGAUGCAUAUAUCUCCAAAAAAAUGGUGCCUCCCCCACGAGCUUGAUUCUGGCCGGGGCGGUCGGGCGCUCUACAGCGAUCCUCUUGGCGCCCCUCGUAGGCUGGUUGGCAGAUACACGAGGCAUUGCGUGGAGCCAGUUCCUGGGCUCCUGCAUGCUGGCGCUGGCUGGUGUCCCCUUCUUCUUUGCAGUCAUACGGAGCCCCGACGUCUUCGAAGUUGUCGUCUUGGCUUUUGGGCUCGGGUAUGGUAUUUUGUUGGCCUUUAACGCUAUGGUUCAGCCUUUGUACAUCGUCGAGCUGUUUCCGGCCUCUGUCCGAAAUGUCGGUGUUGGGAUGAGCUACAACAUGGGCAUGUGUUUGUUUGGAGGAUUUGCACCCGCCCUUUUCGAGCUCUCGUUGGAGGUGAGCCCUGUUUUCCCUGGCGUUUUGCUCAGCCUUGCGGGCUGUAUUCCGGCACUGGUUGUCCUUGUAAGCCUGAGAUUGCAGGCCUGGGAAGUCUUGUGUUUGGCUCACAUUCGACCAGUUCCCUACUUUGGACGGAAGCCCUGCAAAAAAAGUCAAAGCGACGACUCCCGGAAUGUGGACGCGAACGCUACGGUGUGCAAGCCGUGCAAGAUGCAGGACACGGAGCCUGGCACCAUCUCAGGCGUGGUUGGAUAA